ACCUUAUGCAGUUGAGAGUGCCGUAAAACUCUUACUAAAACUAAACUAAAAGUAUGUUUACCUGUCUCCCAGGUAUGAAACUCGGCGCGUGGUGGUGAGACAAGGUCACCCCGCCUCCUCCUACUACUUCAUCCUGUCUGGAGCAGUCGCAGUGAUGGUUCUGGAAGAGGGUGAGAGCUUCGCCAAACCUGUGGCCUUCCUGACCAAGGGGCAAACUUUUGGGGAGCUGGCGAUCAUCAACCGGAGUGCCCGUCAGUCAUCAAUUAUAGCCAGAGAGACGUGUCAAUUUCUCACGAUUUCAGUGGAUGACUAUCACAAUAUCUUUAUGGCUGGCGGAGUCAAGUGUAUGAAUGAUCCAGAUCACGACGACUUUAUGAAGUCUCUGACGUUCCUCAAAGGUUGGCCAACCCAUCUUCUCAGAGAAACUACAAAGAAAUGUCUCUUUCUUUAUUUCAAACGCGGUGACGUGCUUGUGAAAGACAGCCAGUAUUCGGAUUGGUUGAUCGUUGUCAAAUCGGGAAGCGUGGCAGUGCUGAAGAAGCUGAAAAAAGUCGAGGCCUACGAGUGGAAAAACGGAAAAGAGGUGAAAUUUGUGUCAGAGAAAGCCAAGCGAGAGCGACAGACCCACCGGCAAAUUUGGAAGAAACUGGUCUUGCCUGAACUGAACGUACCUCUGAAGUGCCCCAGAUUGUGGUCUCGGCCAACAAGGACAGAAACCCCUCUGGGAAAGGGAGCAAGAACUUAAAGCCAACGCCCGAAGGAGAGAACGUUCAAGUUCUACCAUUGGCAACAGAAACUCCCGGUACACCCCCACCCCCUUUCACCUCACAGAUUCGGACAAUAAACUCAGAGCUCAACAAUGCCAUAGCCAGAAAGGACCCAGAUGACAUUACAGAGGCAGACCUAAACCCAGAGUUUGUUCACAUACAAACACUGACUAAAGGAAGAGUUUUCGGCCUAUCAGACCUUGUCCUGGGUCAACAAACCAGCUUCUGUGUGGUCAGUAAUGGCGCCGACUGUCUCCUCAUCUCCAAACAGUUCUACUGGGAUCACAUGACAGACAGUCUGCAUCGCCAGCUCAGAAUGGACUUGUGUCCCUACCCCACACAAGAAGAGCUGCAGAGUCGUCUGCAGGUGAGCGUGGACUGGAAGGCCUACAAGGGAGCAAUGAUGAACAAGACUCUAAAGAGGGUGCAAAUGCGGAAAGGUCGACCAGCUCAUUAGUAUUCGGGAAAAAGAGAGUACAUAAUAUAGUACUAUUUAUAACCUCUUUGCUUUCGGGAAUUCAUGUUGGUUUUCGGAAUUGUUCCUAAAUUUUAAGCACCGACUUUAAUUAUAAUUUUAUAUUCUUCAUUUUAAAUAUAGGUGUUUUUUUUUACGUCCUCAUCGACACAAUAUAGCUCAUUAAGGGGGCGGGCUGUAGCUCCUUUUUGUCAGGGCCAACCCGAGCUGAGAGGGAGACAACAUUCCAGCAGAAAGACCAAGAUACUCGAUAAAAAUUAUCUCCCCAUUCGGGAAUCGAAUUAUGAUCUCCUGCAUGUGACAGCAAAGCCCCUGAACCGCUACAUCACAAUUGCCAGUUAUAAUGUUGUGCAGGGUGAUUAAAAAAGAAUGAACCGAUUUUAUGACGCAUUGCUUCAGUUCUAAAGCAUCGUUAUAAUGGAAAGAGUCAGCGACCAUUAAAAAAAGGAGCUAUCUAAAUUUUGAAUAAAAUAGAAUGAACCAAUUUUAUGACGCAUUGUUUCAGAUCUCAAGCAUCGGUAUGGAAUGAGUCUUUGACCAUUUAAAAGAGGAAGGAUCUAACUUUUAAAUAGUAGCUGUGCCCCAGCGAUGAAUUGGUCGGAAAGGGGCUCAAGACCUUGCUCUGUGUGCUUGGCCUGUCAGAUCCCCACACCUCAUCGUGUUUGAUUUUUUUUUCUUGUUGGGAUAUGUAAAAGAUGGCGUUUAUGUUCCACUGAUACGCACUAACCUCGAUAAUCUUAAACAUCGAAUAACAACAGCUAUUAACUCAGUGGGUGUGAUUCGAGUCUGUGAUGAUGGUCGCUAUUAUGGACAAGCGGGCUGACUCAGAUUUCGGGGGUUUCCAGAAAUCUUGACCAACACCCACAGUGGGCAUUGUCU